AAAUCCUAAAUCCGCAUUGCGCAUUCGGUUAUCCGUUCUCGAUUUUUAAUCCUGGUGGAAGGAACCUGAGCUGAAAUUCUGCUGAUUCCGAUCUGCGAAGCGAAGAAUCAGGCAGAUUUCAGAUUUCUCAUUUGAAUACUGACAUUGUGGUGUUUAGCGCGAGGGAUCCUCUUUUGGGGUGUGGUUGUGAUAUAAGUUGGCUGUUGAUCUGUGAUUGUCGCAGUGUGGAUUAAAAUCCUCGGCAGUUUGGCUGGAAAAUACAGAUAGAUUUUGUCAGCCUGGUGUCAGUCCGUCCGUGGAUCUCAGUCUGUGGUUUCUUGCCAUCUACUCGUAUCAUUUAUUCUGGCGCGGUGUGAGCGGUUCCCGUCCGAGUCCGACAUUCGUAUCCGCGAUUGAAGUAGUUGAAUAUCUAUCCCGUUAGUGAAUCAACUGAAGCUGAGGAGUGAGAGGAAUAUUACUAUCUGGCGAAGCCGCGAAAGGAACUGGAGGAGAUCGGAUAGAGAGUAGCUGCGUCUGAUCCAUCUAAUUAGUAAUUAGAUUGAUCGGGAUAUAGAGCCGCGUGAUAGAGUGAUUGGCGUGGUAUUCCUCUUGAGUCUUGACAGACCAGUGAGAUAACUCAGAUAGGACUCAUAGGAGCAGGAUAAAUAAAAUGCCCGACACGACGCUGUACGAUCUGCUGGGCGUCCGGCCCAACGCCAGCGACGCGGACAUCAAGAAGGCGUACCGGAAGAUGGCCAAGCAGUACCAUCCCGACAAGAACACGGACGAGGCGCAGAACGAGAAGUUCAAGGAGAUGAGCUUCGCCUACGAGGUGCUGACGGACCCGCAGAAGCGCCAGACCUACGACCGCGGCGGCAUGCAGGCCCUCAAGGAGGGCGGCGGCGCGCAGGGCUUCGAGGACGUGUUCGAGCACCUGUUCGGCGGAGGCAUGGGCAUGGGCGGGGGCUUCUUCGGCAACAUGUUCGGCGGCGGCGGGAUGCGCGGAGGUAUGGGCCGCGGUGGACGGAUGCACGGCGAGGACACCGUGUUCCCCCUCAAUGUGACGCUGGAAGAUCUCUACAAGGGCAAGACGGUCAAGAUUUCCAUUGACAAGACCGUGCUCUGUUCCCAGUGCAACGGGUACGGCGGGAAGAGCGGCGCCGGGGGGCGCUGCGGACAGUGCCGCGGGUCGGGGGUGCGCGUGACGCUGCGCCCCAUCGGGCCGGGCAUGAUGCAGCAGGUGCAGGAGGAGUGCGGCAAGUGCCGCGGAACAGGCAACGACUUUGCGGACGCGGACCGCUGCAAGAAGUGCGACGGGAAGCAGACGGUGCGCGAGAAGAAGCUGCAGGAGAUCGAGGUGGACAAGGGCCGCAAGCACGGCGACAAGAUCCUGCUGCGCGGCGCCGGCGACCAGAAGCCCAACGUGGAGGCCGGCGACGUGAUCGUGGUGCUGCAGAUGGCCAAGCACGACACCUUCGACCGCGAGGGCCCGCACCUCCUCGUCAAGAUGGACGUGGACCUCGUCGAGGCCCUCUGCGGCAUGCACCGCCCCUUGACGCACCUCGACGGCCGCACGCUCAUGGUCACGCGCAAACCCGGCCAACUCAUCACGCCCACGGACAUUUACACGGUGGUGGGCGAGGGCAUGCCCAUCUACCGCAACCCCACCGAGCACGGCAACCUCAUCGUCAAGUUCACCAUCAACUUCCCCCCGACCAACUGGACGAGUGCCGAGAAUAUUAAGAAGCUGGAGGAUCUGCUGGGACCGAAGCCGGCGUUGUCGCUGCCGGCCGGCGUCAGUCUGGCCGACGCGGAGGAAGCGGCCCUGCACGAGUUGGACCCGGCCGCGCACGGCCACGCCAACCAUUCCGGCCAGCGCUCGGAGGCCUACCACGACGACGAGGACGAGGAGGGGGCCCACGGCGCCCCCGGGGGCGUGCGCUGCGCCACGCAGUAGCCGGACUCCGCCCGCCGCGGACUAUUUGCGCUCCCUCGUCCCCCGGACGGAGACGCGCACCAGCCGCACUGGCUGGCUCGCCGUCGAGGAACGCCGGCAGCGGACAGGGACGUCGCCAUGGUGAUGUGCUUGUGUUUUUUGCGUUGCUGGUCGCCGGCUUUUCUUGCGGGCCGGUCUACAGUUUACUGACACUGUCUACGAUUAUUUAAUCCAAAAAAACCGACUUUUCUCUUGCUUGUCGACUUUUUUCUCUCUUUCUUUUCGUAAUUUUCUUCAAAUUCCCUCGAUGGAUAUGCGACACUGUUACUGCACUGUGUGCGGCUUUAUUAGUUUCUUCUCUUCUUUUCACGAGCAAUGAAAGUCAGCAGUGUUUAACGGGUGAUUCGUAAUACUUUGAUUUACUAAAUUUAUUUAACGCA